UCGUCCUUCGAAAGUUCUCGUCCUUCCGAACCCCCCUGCGCCGCCGCCUAUCCUCAUCCCCGCGCCAUGCCGCCGCGUAAGCGCCCGGCGCCGCCGCCGGAAGAGCCCCGUCCUUCCUCGAAGCCUGCACCUGAUGCCAAGCCCUCCGAACCCACCAAAUCUGCCCCCGAUUCCGCGACGCCGACCAUCUCGGCGGCGGUCCUCACCAAACUCCCGAACAUGGAGCGGCAGGUGUACCUAAUCUUCGAGGCGGGAAGCAAGGGCAUGUGGAUGCUCGACGUGCGCAAGCAGCUGACGAUAAGCCCCAACGUCGCCACCAAGGUGGUGCGCACCCUCGUGGGGCAUGGGCUCCUCAAGGAGGUCAGCGACGUGCGCCACCGCAGCAGGAAGAUCUUCAUGGCCACCGAUUUCCAGCCCUCUGACGAGAUCACCGGCGGCACCUGGUACCACGACGGCCGGCUCGACACCGACGCCGUGUCCGCCGUGCGCCGCCGUUGCCAAGCGCAGGUCGAGAAGCUCGGCGCAGCAACCGUGCAGAUGAUCCACCACGGCAUUUUGAGGGAUGACCCCAAGGCCGGGUACACCAUCGACGAGGUCAGGGAUAUCGUGAAGACCAUGGUGCUCGACAAGGUGCUCGAGGAGGUCAAGAGCACAGGCGAGGGGGACUUCGCGGCCGUCAGGAGCGGCACGAUAUGCUACCGUUUGGCUGGGGCUGCUCAGGGAGGGAUGAUGGAGGGGAUCCCGUGCGGGGUUUGCCCAAGAAUCGAUGAGUGCUCGCCGGAUGGGGUCAUUUCGCCGAGCACAUGCGUCUACUACAAGAAGUGGCUGCAAAUGGACUUCUAGGCAGUGACCGUGUGACAGCAGGAGUGCUUGGAUGGACUGGGGAGGUGAAGUUUCUUGCUUUGGCCAAUAAUAUGGGACCAAGGUAUUGAUUCCUGAGUAGAAUGGCUCCAUUACCUCAUUUGUAUUAUACUUGACUUUUGAGAC